AUGGCUUGGAGAUGUUCAGCCGAAACAAAUCUUGAACUAGUCAAGAACUUAUUUGACUCACGUAUAAUAACAAAGGAAAGAGUAUUCGCAGCUAUGAAGGCUAUUGACAGAAAGGAUUAUUCUCCCAAGUACCCAUACGAAGACAGUCCUCAGUCGAUUGGAUAUGGUGCGACCAUAUCUGCGCCACAUAUGCAUGGAUAUGCCUUGGACAAGUUGGAACCCUUUCUCCAGCCUGGCAUGAAAGCAUUGGACAUUGGAUCUGGAUCUGGAUAUUUGACAGCUUGUAUGGCUGCUAUGGUUGGAGAGACAGGACGAGUGGUUGGUGUUGAGCAUAUUCCAGAAUUAGUCGAAUCUUCAAAGCGUAAUGUCCAAAAGAGCCACAGUGACUGGUUGGAGUCUGGCCAAGUCAAGCUUGUCGAAGGAGAUGGACGACUUGGAUAUCCAUCCGAUGCGCCCUAUGACUGCAUCCAUGUUGGUGCCGCGACUCCAAGUACACCACAAGCACUCAUCGAUCAAUUAAAAUCGCCCGGAAGACUAUUUAUUCCCGUAGGAAAGUACUCGCAAUCCAUCAUCAUCUAUGACAAGGAUAAGGAUGGAAAUGUUCACGAAACCAAGUUUUUGGACGUACAAUAUGUGCCAUUGACGGAUGCAAAGGCGCAAAGAAGCUUCCAUCACCUCGGAUAA